UCAUGGAGAGAAAAAACAAUCGCUUCCGUGUUGUUAUCGGUUGUUAUUCUGACAAAUAGCUAGCUAAGUACUUGACCCAAAGCGGGAUUGCUAGCCAGUUAUUUGGUGGUUAAACCAUAAUGGUUUUGUAGGAUCAAUACAUAGUAUAGUUUUAUUCGCCAGAAUGUCGUUGCUACAAGGCUCCAAGAAAAAGGACAAGCGUAUUUUGUCCGGUACCUGCCCAGACCCAAAAUGCCAGGCGAGGCUAUUCUUCCCUGCUUACGGCUCGAUUAGCAUUGAAUGCACUGAGUGUGGCCAACGCCACGAACAGAAUAAUCUUUUAAAUGUGGAAGAAGUAACUGAUCCAGACGUUGUGCUUCACAAUUUGUUAAGAAAUGCCUUACUUGGUGUCACUGGGGCCCCGAAGAAGGGAACCGAGCUGGUGAAAGUGAUGGGGCUUUCCAACUACCAUUGCAAGCUCCUCUCUCCUAUUCUCACAAGGUAUGGAAUGGAUAAGCAGACGGGAAAAGCGAAACUGCUGCGGGAAAUGAAUCAAGGAGAAAUGUUCGACUGUUCACUUCUAGGAGACAGGGCGUUUCUAAUUGAACAGGAGCAUGUAUCUACAGUUGGCUAUGGCAAGGACAGAUCCGGGAGCCUGAUAUACCUUCAUGACACUUUGGAGGAGAUGAAGAAAGCGAACAGCAACAAAGAAUGCCUAAUUCCUGUUCAUGUGGAUGGAGAUGGACAUUGCCUUGUUCAUGCUGUGUCCAGGGCCCUGGUAGGCAGAGAACUGUUCUGGCAUGCGUUGAGAGAGAAUUUGAAACAACAUUUCAAACAAAACCUGGAUCGUUACAAGGCACUCUUUCAGGAUUUUAUUGAUGCAGCCGAAUGGGAGGACAUCAUCAACGAAUGUGACCCUCUGUUUAUCCCACCGGAGGGUGUGCCACUGGGACUUCGAAACAUUCACAUAUUCGGCUUGGCCAAUGUGCUGCACCGCCCCAUAAUCUUGUUAGAUUCACUGAGUGGAAUGAGGAGCUCCGGGGAUUACUCUGCAACUUUUCUCCCAGGGCUCGUGCCGGAAGAGCAGUGCAAAGGAAAAGAUGGGAAGUUCAACAAGCCUAUAUGCAUUGCCUGGAGUAGCUCAGGGCGUAACCACUACAUCCCUCUCGUCGGGAUAAAGAACACUCUCCUCCCCAAGCUGCCACCAAGGCUACUCCCCAAGGCCUGGGGAGUGCCACAGGAGCUCAUCAAGAAGUACAUAAAGCUGGAACAAGACGGGAGCUGUGUCAUUGGGGGAGACAGGAGCUUACAAGACAAGUAUCUGAUGAGACUGGUCAAUGCCAUGGAGGAAAUCUUCAUGGAGAAGCAUGGCAUCCACCCCUCCCUUGUGGCAGACGUGCAUCAGUACGUUUACAGACGGACCGGUGUGAUCGGUGUCCAACCCGAAGAGGUGACGGAGGCUGCCAGGAAAUCAGUCAUGGAAAACCGGCUACAUCGCUGUCUGAUCUGCAAUGCACUCUCUGAGCUUCAUGUUCUACCUGAGUGGCUGGCUCCAGGUGGUAAGCUCUACAACUUGGCUAAAUCCACCCACGGGCAGCUCAGACCUGACAAGAACUACAGCUUCCCGCUGAACAACGUAGUCUGCUGUUACGACCCUGAGAGGGACAUCCUCAUUCCUGACUACAAGCUGAGCUCUUUGAACACCUGCAACUGGUGCCAUGGCACCUCAGUGCGCCACAUCCAUGGCAACGGCUCUGUGGUGUAUCUGGAUGGAGACAGAACCAACACCCGCUCCCAGGGGGGCAAAUGUGGCUGUGGCUUUAAGCACUACUGGGAGGGAAAGGAGUACGACAAUCUGCCAGAGGCUUUCCCCAUCACUCUGGAGUGGGGUGGGCGAGUCGUGCGGGAGACUGUGUACUGGUUCCAGUAUGAGAUGAAUGUGGACCUGAACAGCAACGUGUAUGAUGUUGCCAUGAAACUGGUCACCAAGCAUUUCCCUGGGGAGUUUGGGAGUGAGCUCCUGGUGCAGAAAGUGGUGAACACCAUCUUACAUCACACUGCCAAAAAGAACCCAGACGAGUAUAACCCAGUCUCCAUUGACGGGGCGCAUGCUCACAGGGUCACAGACGUAGUGGAAACCCAACAGGCUGUUGACACACAGCCACCGACUAAGAUCAUACUAACUGGGCAGAAAUCAAAGACCAUUCACAAAGAGGAGCUUACGAUGAGUAAGGCAGAGCGGAGCCUUCAGCAAAGCAUCAGCGAGCAGGCCCUAGUGACCCAGAAGAGGAGGACAGAUCGACUGAAGCAGAAGGGACAGGGCAGGCCACCCUCCCCAAGUGCUGCUCAGGAACCUUCUUCCUCCUCCGCCCCAGCCACGCCCACCAAAUCCUCCUCCUCCCCCACUGCCAGUAAGGAGAAGAAGAUCCGUGUAACCACUAGCGAUGGGCGGCAGGCCAUGCUCACUCUACAGGCUCAGACCACCUUCUCCGAUCUCCAGAGGAGCAUUGCUAAUGAGUUCACCGUGCCUCCAGCCCAGCAAUGUAUCCGACAUGGGUUCCCUCCCAAAGAACUUUUCCCUCCCAAGGAUGGAGAGGAGAAUGAGCCUGUGGCCCUCCAACACGGGGACAGGGUGACUGUGGAGAUCCUGAGAGGUCCAGAGGACCGCAAGGCAUCCGCCCCAAGCGCUUCCAGUUCCUAUUCAUCCCUGCAUUCCCUCCUCUCUGUGAAGAGUGAUGAUCCAGUGACUUCCAGCAGAAUGAAUACUAGCAGAGAGCUGCAGGACAAUAUUGACCUUGAGAUGUCCUCCCUCUGUCUCCUAGCAACCUUAAUGGGAGAAGAUGUCUGGUCAUAUGCCAAAAAACUGCCUCACUUAUUCCACCAAGGUGGAGUUUUCUACAACAUUGUGAAGAAAGAUAUGGGCCUGAUGGAUGGCAAGCACUGCACCCUCCCACACCUGACUGGAAAGACGUUUGUUUACAACGCAGCAGAGGAGCGUCUGGAGCUGUGUGUGGAUGCAGCUGGACAUUUCCCUGUGGGCCCUGACGUGGAGGACCUCGUCAAGGAGGCCCUGGUGCAGCUCCACUCUGAGGCUGCCUCCAGGAGUCGCGAGGGAAGCCCCUCUCACAGCAUGCUGAGGCUCGGGAGUGGAGGUGUGGUGCGCAAGAAGGAGCAGCUCCAGAGUGUCAACGCCUUCCAGGGUAAGGGCCACUCCCUGGGCAGCGCCCCAGGCGGCUCUCCCCCUGAACACAAGCCCAUCACCAGGCAGCACAGCAGCGGGGUGGACCUGAGCGCCAGCGCCUCCAAGGGACCCGACCUCUCUGACAUCUCAGAGGACGCGACCAAGAAGCUGGUGCGCAUGGCUCCCGGUUUUGUCACCAUGAAAGACAGCCGACACCUGGACCCUAGUAUGAUCGAAGAGCAGAGGAAAAAACUACAGGAGAUGGUCUCAUCCAUCCAAGCCUCCAUGGACAGGCACCUGAGAGAGCAGAGCAAUGCAGGGGCAGACACUGGGGGCCCUGCAGAGAGGACAAGUGGGGCUAAGAUGAGUGCUUCCCAAUCUGCCCCAGGGGCAGGCGACAAGGAGGCCUCUUCAAUGGACGUAUCUACUGCUGGUGCUCAUGGCACACCAGUGGAGGCAGGGAACAUGCCUGAUGGAAAAUAUGCAGAGUCAGAGGAGCUGGAGGAAAUGGAUAGCCAGGAUGCAGAGCAUACCAAUGCCCUGGAGCCAAUGGAUCAUUCCUGAUGGCAAAAGGGCCUGGUCCUAUACUUUUCUCAAUCAUGAUCAGUCACCCCUCUAUCUGGUUGACAUUAGUGUGGGAAUGCUUCAGGUUGUAUCCAAGCUUUGGUAUUCAUUGUGUUUUGUUGUCUUUACUGCAUGAUUGACAAAGAGGUUGACCGUUUCUGCCUUUGGUGACAGUCUAAUGCUAUUAUACAGAAACAUGCACCAAGAUCCAAGGAGCAAUGCUGGUUCUUGUGUGUGAAAUGCAUUCCUGUACAUGUCCUCCAAAUCUUAAAGGUCCAAUGCAGCCGUUUUUAUCUCAAUAUCAAAUCAUGUCUAGUUAACAAUUAAGUACCGUACUAACCAUGUUUCCAUCCACAGUUUUUAUUUGAGUAAAGUAAUACUGUAUAUAAAAAUAUACAAAAAUUACGAUAGCUGUGAUGGAAAUAGGACGUUUUGGUACAAUUGUAUAAAUGCCACAGAUAAUUUGUUCAUUCGACAUAGUGGGAUCUUUUUAUGUCGGUAAAAUUAAUUAAUGCGAGAAAUGGCAGUGGAAACAAUGACAUGGUGUGUGGUCCUCGACUCCUCCCACGACGACUCGGGAAAUUAUGCAGUUUAUUAGGCUACAGAUUAAAUAAAUGAUGAUGCACUUCAUAGGGUGGUGAAAGUGCAUUG